UAAUGGCAACUUGGUGUGGAAUAAAAGAGAGAAAUGAUCGGAGUUAGUCGAGAAGCUACAGUUUAAUAGCUAGCUGGUAGCGAUGAUCCUCACGAAGAGUACGUCCAAUGGGUUUGAGUCACAAAACAGUACUUUUUAAAAAUAGUAAUUUAAAAUAGUAAUUUUAGAAAUCUCUGCCCGUGAUUGCGUAACACUCGCGAGAGCCCACAGGGAGUAACGUUACUUCAUCAUGGCUGGCAAUAAGUUGGCGUUAGAGGGGAAAAUAAGUAUUAUAAGCUUUCUUUUAGGACUCGGUGUUGUUAUUAUUCCCCUUAUUAGAACAUUCGCUGGACAUCUUGACUGGGUAUUCGACUAUCUCACUGGAGUGAGAGGGAAAAUAGCUAUUGCUGUGUACAUCGCUGUUGUCAAUGGCUUCUUGCUAAUCAUAUACAAGGGACCUCUAUAUAAGGUUGCUGUGCGAGCCUGCUUCCUAGGCUUUACUUUUGGGUGUGGCUUGAUUAUUAGCUUUUCUCAAACCACAUGGACCCACUUUGGUUGGUACAUGUGCUCCCUGUCUUUCUUUCACUACUCUGAGUACUUGGUGACAGCCAUCAUUAACCCCCACAGCCUGUCUCUGGACUCGUUCCUGCUCAACCACAGUGUGGAGUACACAGUGGCAGCCGUCUCCUCAUGGGUGGAAUUCACUGUAGAGAAGCUCACUUUCCCAGAGCUGAAACAGCUGAGCUGGCUCAGCCUGGUCGGCCUGGUGAUGGUGUUGUGUGGGGAUUUUCUGCGGAAGUCUGCCAUGCUGACCGCUGGCUCCAAUUUCAACCACAUAGUCCAAAAUGAGAAGGCCCAGAGCCACGUGCUGGUCACCGACGGAGUCUACGCCUUCUUCAGACACCCCUCCUACGUGGGCUGGUUCUACUGGAGCAUUGGCACACAGGUGAUGCUCUGCAACCCUGUCUGCAUCGCAGGCUACACCAUGGCCAGCUGGCGCUUCUUCCGUGAACGGAUUGAGGAAGAGGAGCUCUCUCUCAUCCAUUUCUUUGGAGAGGACUAUGUGAAAUACAAGAAGAAGGUGGGUACUGGGCUGCCAUUUAUUUCGGGCGUUCGCGUCAACAGCUCCUAGGUGUGACACGGGGCGCCCUGGACAUAUGAACAUGGCAGACGGGCACUGUGAGGGCGGCCCUAGUCAGCGUGCUGUGGAUUAGCGCCUCGGGUCGCCCUGCCUUGGCGGCUUAGAGCUCACAAAGACUGACACCUAUGACCGUUGGUGAAGGGCUCCCGUCUCUUUAUCACUCCUUGGCCUGGAUAGACACUCAUUGGAAAAGAAACAGCAGCACCCAAUCUUGAAUAUCUGUGGCACACAUUCAACCACCUCUCCGUUUGUCGUCUUUGGUUUGGUUAGACUACUAGGGACUUGACAUUCUUUGUCUACAUGUUUUCCUUUUAUCUCUGUGACCUGACAGGCUCUCUGAUCUGUGUGUUCCUUAGGGAGAGGUGGAAUUUCUUCAGCGGAUACUGAAUUGAUUUUAGCUUAGCUUACUGAAUCAAAAGUGCUGUAAUGAGCUUGGGCUGCAUGUGUUUUUUCUGUUUGUCUGGCUCAUUAUUAGGACUCUGCAUUUAAAACAGAAUCGUUUUCCAUAUUUUGAACGAGUUGGUAAAUCUGAACAAAGAACCUCAGAAUCUGAAUGAAGAAUUUCUGAGUGACUAAGUUAGUAAGUAUACAAAGGUAACCGAAAUAGAUGGCAAAUAGAUUGCCCAUAACAUAAUAUAUGCUGAUUGCCCACAUGUAGUAUUAAAGGUAGGACUGUACUGUUAAUAAAAUGUAAAUCACGUGA